AUUAAAGUAGCCUACAUGAAUCAUGUUAUUUCCACAUUCUCUAAAAUAGGCUAUUGUAGCCUAAACUAUUUUUUGUGUUUUGUCCAUUGGUAUUGUCCAUUUCCGCUUUUAUUUUGACAAAAAAGUCGCCUAUUGUUCUGUUUGGCUUGACUCUUCAGCACCGCUGUUUACAGCUGCAGACCGCAGAGAGACCCGCCUCUCUGGAUCAGCCUCUCUCAGAGCCGUAAAGUGGCCUUAGAGCCCCCAAAGUUUCAGCUUUUUCAUUAAUGCUGUGAACAUUUUAAGUAGUGCUCUAAAAUAGCGUCGAAACAUCCAAAGUGGGUAAAAAGUCCAGUCUGCGAAGGAAUUUGCUUCCUGUUCAACAUCCAUAAUAUAUGAAGUAUAAGAGAACAACAAAUAGCUCUAAUACUCCCAAACUGUAGUGGGCACAACAACUGUUGAAAAUAAAAUAAGCAUGCAAGAACCGUUUCCAAGCUUUUUCCUACAGCCCUCAAAUGCGCUACAUUACACUGCAGAACACGUUAUUAUUAUAUCCUAAAACCCCACAGAGGACCUUUCAUUCAUAACUAUGGGACUUAAGUUUAUACAUCUCAUCUCAUGCAGCUUUAUUCAUCUCAUUUAUGGUGAAAGUAAACUUGCAACACCGCGCACAAGCGGUCACUUUUACGCACGCCGAUUCUUGUGCCAAAUAAAGAAACACAGCCGUAUGUGACAGCUGUCGACCUGCACUGAGAAACCCGAGACAGUAACCACUGAAAGGCCCAGUCCCGGAAAUCCCACAGACCCCUAAGCACUUCAGCAGACCACCACACAGACACUGGAAAAGUUACCAGCAGGAGAAAACGCAGACUAAUAUGUGGGAUAUUAUGUUAUCAUGGUUGCAUUUUGCGCAAAAGGAGAUGCGUUGCUGACGUUGCUCUGUUUGACCUUUGUUUUUAUGACAGCCGCACAAUAUGAAAACUACAAUUUCAGAAAUGUCUCCAAGGAGGAGCUCAUGCCCCUCACCACUGCCUAUGGAUUGGCUUUGGGCCAUUACGCAGCAGAGAACUGGACGGAAUCGAUCAAAUAUUUGGAAUUGAGUUUGCGUUUGCACAGGCUUCUUAAAAACAGCGUGAGAUACUGCAUGCUGCACUGCAAUAGCAGCAAUCAUGCAGAACCGUCCUUUACAGGAAACCGGGAUCUGCGCGUCUACUGGCACGUUAUGAUGAGAGCGACCUGUCAGAAGAAGUGCAGGGCGCAUUUCCCCGCCCUGCAGCUCACUCCUCCCGGCAGAGAGAUCCUGGAGGACUUCAGCAGAAGAUCUCCCUACAGAUACCUGCACUUUGCGCACUCCAGGCUGAACGACCUGCAGAGGGCUGUCCCCUGUGCCUACACCUAUCUCCAGAAGAACCCUGAGGACCAGGAGAUGCACCGACUGAUGGAAGAGUACAAGAGCCAGUACGACCUGAGCGGCUACCUCACCGACCACGAAGAACAACCAUAUGAGGCCUCCUUUCUGAGAGGAGUGAAACUCAUCAGUUCAGGUGACCACAGCAGCGGUGUUGACCACAUGGAGGAAGCUCUCAGGCUUUACCUCCAUGAGUAUGACCUCUGUCAGGCAGACUGUGAAGGGGUCGGUCAACUUUCACCAGACAGUGACUUCUACGCAGUCAUAGCAGAUGUCUACGUUGACAUAUUACAGUGUAAGCUGAAGUGUGAAGAAAACAUGAUGCCUAAUGUUGGUGGUUAUUUUGUGGAGAAAUUUGUGGCCACUAUUUACCACUACCUCCAAUACGCCUAUUAUAAGUUGAACGAGGGCCGCAGUGCGGUGCCCUGCGCGUGCAGCUACUUCCUGUUUGAACCUGAUGACCAGGUCAUGAAGCAGAACCUGCUGUAUUAUAAAGCCUACAGUGAACAGUGGGGCCUUCAGCCCGACCACUUCACACCCAGGAUGGAGGCUCUCAAACACUUCAACCAGACUGUCACUCAAAAGCAGAUGCUGACGUUUGCAGAGAGGUACAUAGAGUUGGAUGAUGAGGAUUUUCUUGGUCCAGAGGAAGCUGCACUUUUGGCCUCCGAGUCUCCCGAUGUUGAGUUUGAAGGGAUGGGAGACUACGAGGAGUCCAUCUACGCUAACUGGAGGCAGCCAAAGGGCAAAGGAGACGCUGGGGAGUCAAAUAUCUUUAGAGUCAGAUAAAGAAGUGCAGGUCUCUCACAUUUCAGUUUUAUGUCCUCUGCUGUCCUUACAGUUUGGUUGAAUUAUUUUCAUUUGUAUCCAUCUAGUCUGUGGUUUUAAGAAAUAAGAGUCAAUAAUAACUGUUUUUCUCCAAACUAGAGCCAUCUAUACAAGUGCACAAGGGUUUAAAAAAUUAACUAGCUCAAACAUUUCAUCAGCUUCAUUGAGUAAUACCUAAAGGUAUAGGUAUAGGUAGAAUACUCAUUUUCUAUACUCACACAGGUUUAAUGACCAUAUUAAAGUUAAAAAAUACAUUUUGCAUUACUAAAAAGAUUCAGAAGCACUCUGUAUUUACUAGUGUUUAUCUUUAUGCUGUUAAGUAUAGUAUAAUAUUGUAGUUGGUACUUUAAAAGUAUGUUUAACUCCUGAAUUGCUGUGAUUAAUACUUUCAUUUGGCAAACUCAGUAUAAAUUGAGUUUGUACUUGUAUUAACAAAAUACUUUUGAGUGCCUCAAAUGUUGGAUUGUAUUGAUUGACAGAAAAAUGCUGUCUGUGCUCAGACCUGAGAGGCACAGAUCUCAUUCCAGUCCUCAACAAACCACCAAACUGUGGAAACAUCACUGACUUCCAGCUGACAUUCAAAUAUAUUUACAAAUCAAAGUAGGAAGAACUACAAGUCAGUUUGAAGUUAACCCUUCACCAUCACUGCUAUACUGUAUAUCUAUUAUUAUAGUAUCACAGCUUCCUAAAUAUGCAGAAUAAACUUACUUGUUGAUAUUUAGUAUUUCAGUAACAUUUAGAAAUUGCUUUAAAAUGAGAGCUCUUUCAGCUGUAAAUGCAGUAAUUUACCAAUAAUGUAAUGCAAAUACUUAGAACCUAAUGGUGUUAAACCUGGAAUACAUUCCCAGUUAAUGUAAUAAAUGUUUCAGACCGGCAAUACACUAACAUUUCUACAAAUAAUUAUUACUGUUUACAGGUUUACUCUAUUGCUUCAUCCAUCUACAUAACCAAACCUUUCUCUAUAUACAUCACAUCACAUAUGGCAUCAUGAUCAAGUUUGUCAAUAUGUUGAAUAUGUUAUAAACAUCACAUUAGUUUUUACAUUUUUGAAAAGGAAAAUGUCAACAUUCAUUUUUGUAGUAAACUGCAAAUAUACCAUAAUGACUGCUAGUAAUGUAAGCAGGGAAAUAGUUAAAAUGUUAAUGUAACUAUUGUAUUUUUGGGAAAUUAUGCAGGAUUUUUGAAUUUUACUAGAAAUUUUACACACUUUUCCUGAAAGUUUUUCAUUAGCAAUUUUAACAGAAGAUGUACAAAACUGUUAAAUGCAACUCAAGUGUUAGCUCACUUGAACGCUGUUUUUUCACAGUCUAUGCUAGCGGCUGCUUGAGGCUGUUCUUUUGGAAAACUCCAGACAGCUAAACAGUGUUUUGUCCUCAACAUCAUAUUAUAAGUUGAGCAAGUAUCAGAGAGAGGAGAGAGAACAUCCUGCAGAAUUAAACACAGUCUUUUAAAACUGGAUUUUACACACACACACACACACACACACACACACAGUCAGUUAUUCAGAUAUGUUUUAAAUAUGUACUUUAAUACACAAUAAUGAGUAUUUACAUAGAAAGCUAAUACUGGUUACCUUCCUGUAGGACUAAACAUUGUUGACUUCCAUGUGUUAAUGGUGCCAAAAGCCUUUGACGAGUCCAACUACAAUGUGUGAUCACAAACAGUGGCAGUAAACACAGUGCGACCUGA